UAUUCAUACUAACGUGGUGAUAAGCAUUAAUACAGUGGUUUAUAUUUCUAUCUUACAGCGUUAAGAUGGACCGUUGGAGCGGAAGAGUUGCUCUCGUGACGGGCGCUAGUAGUGGUAUCGGAGCGGCCAUUGCUGAAGACCUCGUAAAAGCUGGGGUGAAAGUUAUUGGGUGUGCCCGCCGUGUAGAGCUAAUACAGGCAUUAGCUGAAAAACUUAAAGGAGAGCGUGGUAUGUUAAAUGCCAUAAAAUGUGACCUUUAUAACGAAGAUGAGAUCAAAGCCAUGUUUGAGGCCAUCAACAAGGAUCAUGGAGGUGUAGACAUAUGCAUAAACAACGCCGGUAUGGGGAAUUAUGCCCCCUUAUUGGACAGUGAAACGACUAAGUGGAAGCAAAUGAUUAAUCUGAAUAUUCUUGCGCUGUGUAUCUGCACUCGGGAGGCUAUUAAAGGUAUGAGAGCACGAGGUAUGGAUAACGGUCACGUAAUACAUAUAGCCAGUAUGGAUGCUCAUCGUAUUUACCCGGAGCCGGGAGAGCACUUCCUGGCAGCGACAAAACAAAUGGUGAGAGCUCUGUUGGAGGGACAUAGGAAUGAACUAAGAGCGUUGCACUCUCAUAUCAGAGUAUCGGAGGUAUGCCCUGCGAUGACCGAAACUCCUUUUACUCUGCAGGGAGGCCCUGUUGAUGAGCAGAGUUCACAAUAUAAGUUUCUUGAGGCCAGGGACGUAUCGGCUUCGGUCAUGUAUAUCUUGUCUCAACCACCACAUGUCCAGGUUCAUGACGUUCUUCUUAGACCAACUGAGCAAGUGUCCUAAAUCACAAAAUAAAUAUUCGAGCAUCUAAUGUGACACUACCGCUACAUGUAAAACAGGCAUAAGUGUAAGAAGUAUAGUUCACAGUAGACAGCACGGUGAUAUUCCUGUUAAAUACAAUAAAGUA